CAGACUAUCCACCCGUCUCCUCCUCUUCUGCAUUGGCUUCUUUCCACUUCACAGCUACUCUGAAUCAUCACUUUGCAGGACAACAUCACAAUGUCUAUGCCUGCGCUCACCCAAGACUUUCUGCCAAGGGGCGAUCUAUCCAGCUACGCUCAUGCGCUGUGUGAGGAGCAAGACGUCGAUGCAGAGUCCUCGUACAGCCUAGAAGCACACAUUCAGCAGACCCAAGAUACACCAGCUUCCGCCAGUUCUGUCACAUCUCCACACGAACACACCGUCAACCGGUCACAAGACAAUACUGCCAUCAUCCCGAACGCCAAAACCUUUGUGCGCCAGAGUGCACCACAAGAACUGGUGCGCACUUCAUCGCAGACCUCUGCACGUGGAGUCAAGGCAGACGUAGUCUUGCAGUCGGUCGUACACUGUGGAGGGGGCUUGCUCAAAGGAAAGGUCGAGUUGUGCUGGAGCGCUAAAGCUAAGCACAAUCAGCAGACUCAGGUGACAGCUAUCAAGCUUGAUUGUCUCGGUGUGGAAUCGACCAAAGCAAGCGCAUCCAAGAUGUUCCUAUCCCUGGCUCUGGAUCUUGUUGCCACUGGCAUUUACCUCAACGACCUGUCGAAUGUCUUUCCUCAAGAUUUUCAAGUCAAACCUGGCAACUGCUCUGUCCCCUUCGAAAUGCAGCUUCCUCUUGAUGUUGGACCAGGCUCAUUCGAAACGACAGGUGCGCAGAUACAGUACUCGUUCGUUUGCACAGUACAAGUAGCCAAUGAAAAGCGAUUCGCAGAUGGCAAAACGAUGCGUAUCGUGCGACCCAUCAAGCUUUACCCCUGCCUGAAUCCAACAAAGGCACUCAUCCCCACACCUGCGCCCAUCGAUGCUUCUGAGGAAGGCAAGCUGCGUUUUGGAGGCAAGGAGACGCUCAAGAUUGCUGCCCGCAUCCAUCGGCCAUCUUGGAUUGCUGGACAGACCGCUUUUGUCGAGGUGCACAUCACAAAUGACUCGAAACGCAAGGUGAACAAGAUCCAAUUGGAUCUCGUUCGCCACUUGAGCUUCUUCAAGAACUCUGCUGCAACCGCAGGCUUCCAGUCGGUCGACUGCCGCGUGCCGGAGCGUACCCUGACAAAGACCAUCUCAAGCAAUGCUACAAGCAUCAAGUCUGAUAAGUCCAACAAUGCAUACUGGAAGGGCGUCAAGCAUGGUGGUCGAGAUACGAUACAAUGUCAAAUUCAUGUCCCGGCAGAUGAGUUAUCGAUUCAGGCUGGACGAUUUUUCGAGACUAGAUACUUUAUUCAUGUCUCCGUCGUCACCAGCGGAGGAGGGAUUAGUGUUGAGUUGCCAAUCACGAUCGUCCACAUCAACUCACUCGACGUGCUCCCUUCGGAAGCCAAAUCAGUCGCAAAUAUGGUUCAGAUCUACGCAGACGCAGAUGGUGUCCAUGAUGCUACAGGAUCCCCUACCUCGAGCCUGUCAAGUGGCACACGACGCCACUCUGUUCCUUCAAUUAUGGGAGAAAUAACUCGUCAGGGAAACACUUCCGCGCUCGUGACAGUCCUCGGAGAUAAGGACCACAACUCCGUCGAUAAUGCCGCUCGUUUGGCUGCGACGAAGCCUGGCAUUCAAUGCGACCUGCGGCGAGCACUUUCGCUAGAUUACCAGAGCAAGUUCUCGAAGCUCGACAUUUCUGCAGAGCAAGCUUCGUACACGCGUGGAGUGCCUCUUGCAGAGCGUAGCCCCGCCCGAGCUAGGCGUGAUACCAAAACCAACCUUGCUGAUCACCUGGCGCGCACCAAAAACACGAACAUGAGCUUCAACGACAUUAUCUGAUCAGAUGUUGCUCGCACACGAUGUACUCUAGCUUUUAUGACUUUGUAGCAAAAAUCUGCCUUGCCUGUCUGACAUGGCGUGCUGUGUCCAUCCUGAGAGUCUGUCGCCACAUUCUAUGGUCAGGUGGUUCGGUCCCUUAUUAGUCGUCAACGUCGCGCUUUCG